AAUGUGGAAACACAGGCGAAAAGAGCAAAUACCUGGAAGUUACUAAUUGACUUAUUCAAGUCCAAUUCAAAUAGAAUUUAAAAUGGGAGACGUCAACUCCAAAACCGACGGGAAUGAAUUGUGCGAGGAUUCUCAGCAGUUUUCGGACGAGGAGUUGGCCAUGUACAGACAGAUGUAUCUGAAGUGCUGUGACAAGAUGAGUUCAAAAAUGAAGAGGAAUGUGUUUUACGAGAAAGUACUCGGGGAUCUGUUUCCACCGGCUGUAGCAGAGUUUCUCUUUUACGCCUUCAGUGGAGGCAGUUCGGAUGGAGUGUCACUUGAUAAUCUUCUGAGGGGGCUGCACAACUUCAGCCGAGUAACUUCCCCGACAUGGCAUUGUGACAGAGUCAAAUUGCUGUUCCAGGUUCUGUCUAGCAAUGGCAAUAUACACUCGACGUUGAACAAGACGAAGAGUGUGAAUCUGUUCCGAACUGUAGAAGACCAAGUCAGGUUCGAUGGCGUGAAAGAGUUCAUCGACAAGUUCCAUUUGAUCGAAUAUGACCUGUUUUCCUCCUGGGCCACUCAGAAUGCAGACUACUUCUCCUUCCUCAAAUGGCUGUUGUGUCACGAGACAGUGCCUGGAUUCCAACUGCCAUGUUCAACUGCUGUCCACUUGUUUGCAGUCCCCACUCUAUACAGCACCAUUGCCAAAAUUACACACUUGGAUGAAAGGGAAAUUGCACUGCUUGAGAAGCACUUCUUCAGUCUCUGUGCUCAGUCCAAGAUGGCACUCGACUUCCCCACAUUCCACGCUCUAGUCUGUCCCCCAAUUGCUGAAGAAGUGACUCUUGGUUUCUUCAAUGCCUUCGACUCUAAUGGAGAUGCGAAUGUGGAUUUCAAUGAGUAUGUCUGUGGACUGUCUGCUUGUUGCAGAGGACCACAAUUGGAGAGAAGGAAGUUUCUUUUCCGCAUGUUCGAUUUCGAUGGAGACGGAAUGCUCUCAAAAGCAGAAAUAUUCAACCUGGUCGACAUAUGCGUGCGCAUGCAGUACCAAUUUUCACAAUACACUGGACUGCACCCUUUUUCGCACGGUGCGAAUAAUUGUUCAGCUAUGAGCAUGAAUGGAAGCAAUGGCCAUGUAGCUGGAAGCAGUGCGAGGUCUCAUCCCGCGUUGUCGCAAGUUUUUCUGGACUCGCAGACUAUUAUCGAUGAGAUCAUGCGCAAACACGAUCCAGAUUUUGACUCUUUUAUCCAACCAGAUGACUUUCUCAUCUGGGCCUCAAAUACUUCUGUGUUGGAUGUGUUCUGCGACCUUUUGGAGCAGAUCUGUCACGUGGUGUUUGGGUUGAAGCCUCUCACGCCGGAGCACGAGGGAACCAUCCUUAAGAAGUUCAUCAAACGAGAAAAGAGCCUUCUCAAUCUCGGAUCCAAGUGGUUCGUCAUCCCGCAGAACUGGUGGCUCAGUUGGAUAGAACACACGACCUAUUCCAACUACAACAGCAACGAAGACACAGUGUCGAUGAAUAACUUCACAGUCGGAGUUAAUAAGACUAUUCCCCAUUUGACACAGAAUAACGGAGGGGGGUAUAAGUCGAACAGCGCGGCCAGUUCCCCGUUGAGAACACGGAAAGCUCAGAAACUGAAUGGUUCGUGGCGCAAGAGGGAGCACCACUACACUGUGAAUCCACUACCUGAGGACAUGAAGCCACUAGGGGCCAUAGACACAUCCAAGCUCAUAUCCAGAGACAAGCCAAAGAAGUUCCAGGAAGCUGGAGUUAGAGACAUAAGACGUUGUGUCUUCUAG